CGUCAACUCAUCAUCUCUAAGGCUCGAUCGAACCUGCCGAGCAUGCUCACUUCAGCACAGCUUGAUCCGUUCAACUGAGCUGCUGCCUGCGAUGUGAAUCCAUGUCCAUUGCAUACCAAACCCCAGCAUGCCUCGCCAACUUCCCUGGAAAAUCAAGAGUGCGACAACCCCCCAAGCUUCAUCGCAUUCAAAACUUGCGGCCACGGCUACUUCGUCGGCUACCCACAGUCCUAAUCCACGUCCACGCCCCACUCCAACCCCGAAAACAGAGGCAACACCAGGCUCUAGCAGUAAAUCAAGGCUCAGUUUGGGUCGCACACCGAUUCGAUCUCCGUCCACCUCGCCACCCCCAGAGCCACUCAAAGAAGAAUUCAUGAUAGAGGGCAUUGACCAUGAUGACAAGUAUCGUAUGGUUGAAGACGAAUUCCUCGCAGUGGCCGGCGACUUCACGCGGCACCUCCACACUGUCGAGUACCAGCGACUGAAGAACCAGGCAAAGUCGCAGAAUGCCGAAACCAUUCAGAAUAUAUCACGCCCGGUCACGGGCGAGAUGACGGACCUGGUGAAGAGGCGCCACGCUGCCCUUGACACCGCAGCCAAACAGCGGAAGGGCAUUACAAGGGUGCUGGGCAAACGAGCGGCUGGUGACAACUUAACAAGUGAAGACGAAUCAACUCGGCCGCGUCAGCCAACAUCUUUGCAGGGCUUGAUGGAUAGUCCGCGCAAGCUCGCGGCGCCUUUGACUUUAUCUGGUGCUGGCACACGAGUCAGUGCGGGCUUUCCAAGACUGACAGAGGCCAGCCCAACGAGGCGGUCGGGGCGUCCAGACACUUCUGCCAAGCGGGAGCCUACGCCGGACUUGGAUAACAAUCUCUACGACCAACCUCCCUGGCCAUUGAAGGUUGAGCAGAGGGCGGGAAGGGCACUGAUGCGACAAGGCACACCUACAGGAGCUACUGACAAAAUAAAAGCCGAGUUUCAAACCCAUAAUAUUGAACUUAGUGGCGUACUCAACCAUCAAAGACCGGCGGGUCGCACAGGUGAUGCCAUUCUAAACACCAGUGACGAAGACGACGAUCUGUUUUCCCGCCUACGGUCCCGUCGCACAGAGCAAAAACGACGACGCGAAUCAAAGAUCCGCGAAAAUGCCAUCAAGUCAUCUGAGAGCCAAACUGCAUCUCUCAACGAAAUCCCCUUCAUAUAGCUACGGCUGAACGGUCGCGAGACAUGCGCCACACAUUCAACGUGACAGAACCAAAAUGAAGUACCACCAGUAUCGCGAUAUAAGAAGGCUAUCCCUCAAAGGGCGUCUCGAACGGCCUCUCGGCCUGGGGUGUAAUCCUCGCC